CCGCGAGGAAUUUUUUUCUCUAGUCACGCCGACGCCGAGCAAAGCAUGCUGGGGCUUGUGGUCCUUGCGGCGCCCUUCCCUAAAUCCUCCGCGCUACUCCGUCCGGACCCGCCUAUUUUCUGCUCUCCUGGACCUUUAGGCUUGUUUUGGCCCUUAUGAAGACCAGGAAGUUGAUAAGUCGCGAGGCCGGCUGCUGACAGACGGUGGCUCGAGUGGGACAGUCGCCAGGGAUGGCGGAGCGUGAGGAUGGAGUGGAUGUCGCGUCUGCUGUCCUGGAUGCUGAGCAGAGUCGUGUGGCUCUCGAGCCUCUUUGAGCGGGGAGCUGCCCGGCAGCCCCGGAUCAUGGAAGAGAAAGCGCUAGAAGUUUAUGAUCUGAUUCGAACUAUCCGGGACCCAGAGAAGCCCAAUACUUUAGAAGAACUGGAAGUGGUAACGGAAAGUUGUGUGGAGGUUCAGGAGAUAAAUGAAGAGGACUAUUUGGUUAUUAUCAGGUUCACACCAACAGUACCUCAUUGCUCUUUGGCAACUCUUAUUGGGCUAUGCUUAAGAGUAAAACUUCAGCGGUGUUUACCAUUUAAACAUAAGUUGGAAAUCUACAUUUCUGAAGGAACCCACUCAACAGAGGAAGACAUCAACAAGCAGAUAAAUGACAAAGAGCGAGUGGCAGCUGCAAUGGAGAACCCCAACUUACGGGAAAUUGUGGAACAAUGUGUCCUUGAACCUGACUAAUAGCUGUUUUAAGAGCCACUGAACUGUAAUUGUUUUAUAUAUUUGUUUAAGCUCUUUAUAAAAUAUGAAAGACUCAUGUUUAAUACAUAGGUGAUUUGUACCUCAAAGCAUUUUUUUAAAGGAUGAUUUCCAAACAAGAUUUAAUUAUAAGGUAGUACCUAGAUUGUUCAGUGUAUAACAUUCUCAGGAUUUUAACACUUAAAUGAUCAGACAGGAAAAUAUUUUCUAGUUGUUAUGUGUAAGAUGAGUUGCUAUUUUUCUGAUGCCCAUUCUGAUACAACUACUUUUCAUGUCAAAUAUUUACUGUGCCCAAAUGUAUUCAAUUUAAAUCAUUACUCUGUAAAAUAAAUAAAACAGAGAUGAUUCUUAUAAUGACA